AUGGCAAGCAAUGUGAAUGUAACCGAAACAAUCAUCAUCACUCCUUCCGAACCAACUCCGAACCACGUUCUCCGUCUCUCCGCUCUCGAUUCGAAGCUCUUCGCACGUUUCGUCACCGACUAUAUGUUCGUCUACGAACCCCGCCACGGAGCAGAUCAAGCCGCAAUCACAGAAAAUGUGAAGACGGCCCUGUCCCGGGCCCUCGUGCCCUACUACCCACUUUCUCAACUCGGUCGCAGGGAUCGCCCUGGGCCCGUUUGGGCCCGGGCCAGGCCCGAGGCCCGUUUGGGCCCGUCACUUGCUGGACCCGGCCCGGCCCGGGGGAGUCGACCCGGUGACUCUCCCGGAGUGCUCGGGGAGAUGAAGGAUCUCCUGAAGCCGAGGCGCCACACGUCGUUCGAGGUGCUGGCGGGCCACGUGUGGCGGAGCUGGGCGAGGGCGCUCGGGCUGGCGCCCGAGCAGCGGGUCCGGGUGUUUUUCGGUAUAAAUGUGAGGGAGCGGAUGAGGCCGGGUUUGCCGACCGGGUUCUACGGGAACGGGGUGGUGCACGUGUGCGCGGAGGCGAGCGCGGGGGAGCUGGCGGGGAACGGGCUGGGGUUCGCGGCGGGGCUGGUGGCGCGGGCGAAGGAGGGGGUGGGGGAGGAGAGGGUGAGGGAGGUGGUGGAAUCGGUGAGUUCGAAGUGGGAGCAGGUUGAGUUUGUGGGGACGCUGAUUCUGACGCAGUGGUCAAGGCUGGGGCUGGAAAUGGUCGACUUUGGGUUGGGCCGGCCGGUUCAGGUUUCCCCGGUUUGCAGCGGGAGAUUUUGCACAUUUUUGCCGGUUCAUGGCGUGGAAAAUGCGGUCAAAGUCAACUUGGGGGUCCCAGUUACUGCGUUGGACCAAUACCUUUCUUUUGUGAAAAAUAUUAAUGAAUAA